AUGUAAAAUAAGGAGAUUGCCUUUCUGGGUAUCGAUAGUCCUGUUCACAGUUAAAAUGUAAUAUCUCCUCGAUUUGACGAAUUGAUUCCGAUUUAUUCCAAUGAAAAUAUCGACGAUCAGCCUAUGGACGAAGCAAUGAAACUUAAAAGGAAUAUAUUUGAGAGGAAGAAUUUUCGAGCAUUAAAUGAUGGACAUAAAUCAGAUAAUUCUAAUGACGACAGUUCCUUGAGUAGUUUGAAGUACUUCCAUUUAUAUAAAAUAAGUAGCCGUAGCUAAGUUGAGGAUGGAUCUGCCAAAUCAAAGACUAAUUCCUUCAUUCAUUAAUCUCUUUCUUAAAACGAAUGCCAAAAUAACGGCCAAUUAUAAAAAGCAUCAAGUGGUUAAAUUGUAGAUUCAGCUUGUAAUCUUCUCUAUCUGACAGGCAAAUCUAACUCAAAACUUGAGAUAUAUCAAAGUUUCGUUUAGCAAUUUGAAAUACAAGAAGAUAAAAUCUAGAGAAUUAAAACUUAGCAAGCCCAGAGAUAAAUUAAAGCAAAAGAAGUUUAGCCCAAGAAAAUAUUAGGACGAAGAGAGGGCACAAUUGGUUUAAAUCAAAUUUGGUCGUAAAAAGGUCUAAUGAUCAUUCGCUUGGUUUCAAGGUUUAUUCAAUAAUUAAAGACAAAAACUGAAACCAUUAAAUUUAGACUAUUGACACACAAAAUAUAUUCAGUUAUAGGAGAUUUGUCUAGUAACUUUGAAUUUAUUUUAGUUACUCACUAAAUUAAAUAAAAGCCAAGCUUAUUUCUCAUUUUGAAAUAUAACUUUCAAAAGCAAGCAACGAAGUAUUUGCACUAUUUGGAGAAUUGCCAAGAUUUCCUCAGUAGAAAUAUUAUAGUUAUCAAACCAGAUAGCAAAUUUAAAAUUCUAUGGGAUAUCCUUCUCCUAUUGUUCAUCGUAAUGAACAUAUUUUAUAUUCCCAUUAACAUAAGUUUCGACAUCACUACAUCAGGCAUUUUUGAAUACUUAUUUGAUUUGCUACCAUCCUGGAUAUUUGUUGCAGAAAUCCUCUUAAACUUCAACACAGCAUACUAUGAUAAAGGCUUGAUGCAUGAAGAUAGGAAAUCAAUUGUGAAACAUUAUCUAAAAGAGAACUUUUUUUGGGAUUUGAUUGUGGUGAUCCCUUUCUUAAUAUCAAAUUUAAAUAUCCCAUUUGUUAGAUACACAUUGCUCUUGAGACUAACUAGAUUAAAUCCAUUAAUGGAAAGCAUAGAAGAAAUGCUUAAUUUAGAAGAAAACAUUCAAAUCGUUGUUGAUCUUUUCAAACUCAUCUUUUUUCUCGUUUUAACAGGUCAUUUUUGUGGAUGUGCUUGGCAUUUUGUUGCUUUGACUGAACAUGAAUCUUUUGGGAUGACUGAAACAUGGCUUACUCAUUAUGAUCCAGCUGCAUAUGAGUAUCAUUGGUUUGAUAGAUAUGUAAUAUCAUUGUAUUGGAGUGUCAUUACGACGGUUACAGUUGGAUAUGGAGACAUAGUUCCAGUCACUACAUUUGAACGAGUCUUCGUAAUUGUCGUAACACUAUUACUAUGUGGAAUAUUUGGUUAUUGCAUAUCAAACAUUGGAAAUAUAUUCAAAUCAAUCUCAGAUAAGAAAACUACCUACAAAUUCAAAUUGCGUUAAAUUCAUUAACAUAUCAGAAAAAGAGGAUUAAAUUUAAAUUUGUCAUUAAAGGUCAAAAAAUACUUUGAGUACUAUUUUAAAUUAGAAUAAGAAGAAGAGAAUCAUGCAGACAUCUUCUUAUCAUAACUUACAAAACAUUUGAGAGAGGAAGUCUUAACUGAUUUAUAUAGUAAUACACUCAAAAAAUCCAGACUUUUAAGAGACAAUUUCAACGAAAUUACUAUCAAUAAUCUUUGUCAAUUUGUUAAAGAGAAGAAGGUGUUGCCUGAAGAAGUUCUCUAUUCUAGAUUCGACUAACCCAAAAAAAUUUGGUUUGUUCUUUCUGGGGCCUUGGAAUAUGUUGCAGAUCAUAAAAAUGAAAAUGAUUAUUAUGAAGCUACAGAAACAUUUUUGAAGAAAUUUACUGCUGGAGCAGUUUUAGGGGAAAGAGAAUUCAUUACAUAGCAACCUUACGAAUACAAAGCCAGGGCCUUAAAAUUUACAUAGAUGGCUUAUAUUGAUUAUGAUGAUUUCAUAAAUGUGAUUGCAGAGAAUGAUAUGGAAUAUGAAAUAUUUUGCAUGAAGAGAGAUAGAUUGCUCCUCUAUCCUGCAAUAAAGGGAUCAGGAAAUGUAUGCGAAAUAUGUGAAUGGACUCAUAAUUUUAUACAAUGUCCAUUUGUUUUUCUUCAACCAAAUACAAAUAAAAUUGCCAGUAAAUUUACUUCAGUUAAACUCAACAGCAGAAUUAAGUUUCCAUUACGAAGGCCUUAUAGAUCGAGAGUAAAGGAAACUUUAAAUAAAGCUCAGGAAUGCGCUCUGAGAAUAAUUGUUGGAAAUUUGACUGAAUAGUAAUUAAACAAAUUGAUUUUUAGAGAGUACACUGAUGAAUACUUGAUUUCAUUAGGUUUCUAAUUGAGUCCCAAUCUAGACGAUAUUUCACCUAAUAAUUAUGAAUCUUCCUAAAAUAUUCAUGAUUCAAAAUCAAUAUCAAAUAGUGAAAAGUAAAAUGUACUCCUUCAGAAGAACACAAGAGCAAACUUUGGAAUAACAAGUGAUUUAAAAGAAAGUCGAGACUUAGAUCUAGAUAAUCAAAUGAGAAAGAGUGUUAUAAAAUUUAAAAGGUUGCAGUUUGGAAAAGAAAGAACAAGAGCAAUUUAGUUUAUAAAAAAAGACAAUUUUAAUUCAGAAAGAAUCACUGAAACAUUAGAAUAAUCUUAAAUGUUAGCUCUUCCUGUUCCGAUAUAAAUUCAAAAUAAUCGUUCCUCACUUAAGCAAUAUCAAUAGAAAGCAAGAAGAUCUUCAAACCUAGAAGAUUUAGGACUUCUAUAACCUUCACAAAAACUGGGUAAUUUGGCUUAAUAACUUGCUCAAUAAGACAUUGAAAACAGUAAAUAUUCACAACGACAACUGAGCAAAAAUAGUGAGGAAAGCGAAAUGAAAGAUUCAAUAAAAAUCAUAAGACAAAUUGAAAAUCAAGAGAGACGAGUUUAAAAUGGUGGUGAUCAAAGAAGAAAAGUUAAGAAAACUACUAUUCAGAUGGGUUAGAAACCAAAAAGAAGAUCUUAUCAAAAUCAAUAAUCUCAGAACUAAAGUCCUAUUACUUAAAAUUAAUAAUAAUUACAACAAAUAACAGCUGCCUUUGAUUCGAAUAAGGCAAGAGCUAGUCUGAUGGAAAAUAAGAAGAAUUUACAUUAAAAUACUCAAUUAACAAGUUCUAAAUUAAUAGAAUUCAAAGGAGAAAUAAGGGAAGGGUCCUAAAUUGAUUCAUUGCAACAGAAAAUAUUAGAUAUAGUGCAUACAAAUGUAAAUUUUGAGAUGGAUAUCUGCAAAUCAACUUUAUUGUAUUUUCCUGAACACAACAUAGAAACAAUAUUGAAAAAGAUAGAAUUAUAUUAUCAAUAGAACAAAGGGAAGGAAAAAAAGUAGUAUAAAAGGGCUAUGUCUAAUCGUAAUCUUUUUGAAAGAAUUAAAGGUUCCAAAAAUGCAACAAUAAAAAGCUUAUAGAAUAAAUCUUAAACUGAUGUUUAAAAGCAAGAUGAAAACAUUUGA